GCGGCGGGCGCCCUGACGCCAGCUGUUGUGGGGGUAGUUUUCGGGAGGGGUUUGUUCAUACGGCAUAACUGACGCCUCGGAGUGGUUGACGAUGUUGCAUGGGGCUCAGUGAGUUUUUGACCUUCAGGGACUAAGGUGAGACUCGCUUGUCGUUGUUGUGAGGUUAUUCUGAUUUUGUUUUGAAUGCUUUGGUGACCACGUCCUUUGAGAAAGGUUAGGUUGAACCGAAACCAUGGAACUAACGAGACAAAUUUCAUUCCUGAGCCGCCGUGAUACCAUGCGGGUUGCUGAGCUCAAUUUACCUGACAAAUACCAUGGACAAGACCCAUUUUCAAUUCUAGAAUUGACUCCGUGGGCAACCGCUCGCCUAAUACACCAGGGAUACCGAAGGAUCUUUUCACUGUUCUCGAGAGUCAGCUCACACAAUCAGUAAAUUGGUCAGAGACUGCGUGUCAGUACAUGAAAAUCCUACAAGGCCUCUCUUCGUUCAAACAUAUCGAUGAGGAUAUCUACUGGUACCUCUGGAAGCUGAUGCUCUACCUAGAGCAGUACCAAGGGAUUGUUGAGUGUAGAAACUAUGCCCUCUCUAGGAAGAAGAUCCAAAUGUCAUCUGUUAGAUCUGGAGAAUUCCUUAUUUCCGUACCUGGAUUAUCAGAGGACAGGCCCUCGCUUCGUCCGAAGGAUCAGGUGCAUGUUACUCGUGUCGAUGAUACGAGCCUAUUUAUUGGAGAUAUUCAAUUCGUAGGGGAACAGUAUAUCGCAGUUUCAUUCGACAAUUGUGAAUUUGCUGCCACUUACCAUCCUGAGCGAUUAUACGAUAUCAAAUUUUGCUGGUCACAGUGGGAGAACGCUUAUCAACAUUUCGUACUCGAUAAAAUAAAAGAAUUCAAUCUCAUGCGAGUGGUAUUUCCGAUUGGUGGAAAAGUUAACAACGCAUCCUAUGAAAAAAUAACUUGGAUAAAUAAAGCUAUAGAGGGAAAUGCACAGCAGCAGCAGGCGAUCCGGAACAUUCUACAUAAAACCUCCCAACCUGACCCUUACAUUCUGUUCGGUCCCCCAGGAACCGGUAAGACCUCGACCCUGAUUGAGGCAAUCUUGCAGAUCCAGAAGCGCAGUUCCUCGACUCGUAUUCUCAUCUGCACUCCCUCAAACUCUGCAGCAGAUGAGAUUGCCCUCAAACUCCAACGCCACUGCCCCGAUAUAAUCUCCGAGAAUGCUCUGUUUCGUAUGUACAGUGCGUCCAAGAAAAGUGACGACGUUCACGAGUUGAUAAAGGGCUCCUCAAAUAUGAGCUCUGAUGAGGCAGUUUUUCUUUCAAAAGAGUUGUUCAUGAGAAAAAAAAUUGUUAUCGUGACACUGGCCACAGCAGCCAGGAUCGAUAAGUACGGUCUGAAGGAGGAUCACUUUGGAUAUCUGUUCAUCGACGAGGCAGGACAAGCGACCGAGCUGCAGACUCUCAUUCCCCUCUUGACAUUGUGCGGUGGCAAACCGGAAUUUAACGGCAAACUCUGCGGUCAGGUGGUGAUAGCUGGAGAUCCCCAACAGUUGGGACCCUGCUGUGAUUCUAAACUUGCUGAACCCAUUCUUUCCAGGUCUAUGCUUGAGAGACUCAUGUCCUGGGGUCCCUAUCGGCGCUCUGAAAGCACUGGGUAUGAUCCCAUUUACGUGACUAAACUCGUCCAGAACUUCAGGUGUCAUCCAGCAAUUCUUCACAUCCCCAACAAGCUAUUCUACGAUGGGGAGUUGAUCCCGUGCGGUGGUGAUCACACUCUACGUGCCUUAGACUGGUUCUACCUUCCCAAGAAAAAAUUUCCUGUGAUGUUUCACGCAGUUAAAGGUGAAGAGCAACGAGAAACUUAUUCUCCAAGUGUUUACAACCCGCUCGAGGUGAAGGUAAUUGUCGAUUACGUGAAGAAGCUGAUUGGGGCUAAUUUAGGGGGACAAAUAAUCAAGGAGGAGGAAGUGGGAAUCGUGACGCCUUAUAAACUCCAGAAGCAGAAGCUAAUGCAGGCUCUUGCUAAGGCUGGCUUCAAGAACAUAUCUGUGGGGACUGUGGAGAUAUUCCAGGGACAAGAGAGGGAUGUCAUCAUCAUUUCAACAGUCAGAUCUGUCUUGUACAGAAGACGAACGGGGAAGAUUCACAUUGGUUUUCUCUCCAAUCCCAAGAGAUUCAAUGUAGCUGUGACGAGGGCCAAAUCUCUUCUGAUUGUCGUUGGGAAUCCCGAGAUUCUGCAGCACGACGAAUGCUGGAAGGAGUUCAUGCAGUACUGUUUGGAUAAUGUUUCCUGGUGCGGGCCUAGACAUCUGCUGGACAAGUUUGUCAGUAGUACGGAGAUUGCCAAGCUCUUGGGGAAGAAGCAUGUAACAAUACCCAGGUGGGAUCCAAAUUCUAAUUUGCCGGUGGUUGAGGACCUCAAGUCCGCCAAUGAUUACAAGGCUGGGGAUGAGGAAACGACGGUGAGGAGGAGGAGAUUGCCAGUGGACUGCACACAAGAUAACGAAAUAGAGUCCGAUUCCUCCGAGGAUGGUUCGAGCGUGGAGGAGGUUAACGACUGGCCGGAGCACGACUCCGGUGAGAGCAGUGAUUAUUAUGAGAAUGACGAGCCCGCGACGGAUGGGGAGGAUGAAUUUCAUGAUUCAUCCACGGGUGAAUCUUUAAACAGGGAGGAAGAGGAGGAGGAGGAAGAAGAAGAAGAUGGACUUUUAAGGAAAUUAAGGAAGCGAAUGGAGGAACUGGAAAUCUCCAGUAGUUCCAAUAAUUCAACGAAUUGACGUAUGUUUUUGAGGGGUUUUCUCAGCAGCUGUUUAGGGUGGAAAUCUUUUUGUCAAUCGAUAUAGUUUAUUUCCACAGGAAAACUUCGGGAAAAAUGAUUUAUGAAGAGUUGAUUUUUUAAUAAUUGAGUUGUAGUUUAGUGCAAUAACUUCUGUUGAUAGUAUUAAUAAUUUUGUAGGAUUGUUCUUCAAGCGAUGGAAAUGAUGAAGAAAAUGUGAAAAUAGACGUAAUUACGAAUUUUCACGAAUGAAACUAAUGAUUUAGAACGCAAAAUAUGCAACUGGGAGAAGGGGCAGAAAUGCUUCAUUUAAUUUAAGGUUUAAUGUAUUUCGGGCAUUUAAUAUUUGAGGGAAAUAUUUAUUUAAUGACAUUCCGACAAUAGCACUGAAAAUAUAAUCGAAGGAAGUUCUUAUCGUUCCUCUACUAAUCGCUAAGAUAAUGAAAAGGUCAAAGUAGAUAAUAGUUCUGCAUUUUCGUAAAACUGUGAUUUUUGGCAUUGAGAGGUACUUCUUGGUGGCAGAUAUUCCAGAAGCUGAACAGUUAUUACAAAAGAGUUCAAAACGUUAUGAUAAAUUUAAUUUUAAUCUUCAGUUAAUUACCUGUGUCAAGAAAGAACUGUGAUCUUUGUGAUAAUCGCAGCGUCGAUUAGAAAUGUGAUUGUAUUUUGCAUAAGAGCCCAAAGAUGAAUAUUUUUAUAGAAAAGUUAAAUAUAUAAAUAAGUUGAAGCUAUUGUACCCCAGAAUGUGAUAAGAAAAAAAGGACAUACAUAUGAUAAUGAAGUUUCAAAGAUUAUUUCCCCCAGUUAUUCUUAGUCCUUAUUUUCUGUCAAAAUUAUAAUGAUAACGAGAAACUCGGAAUCGUUUUUUUUUUAUUAAAUUAAUCAAUCCUACCAAAUGUCUGACUUUAUGUUCACGAAAUGAAACGUUUAUUUGAAAAUUUUUUUAAUUAAUGGUCAACAGUAUUUUAAAAAUAUUUGUAAUUUUUUUGGAAUAAAACUUAAUAUCUAUGUUUUUUAUACGUAAACUUGAGUAUAAUAAAUAAAUAUUCUUGUUGCAAAGAAAA